CUAGUAAAAUGCUUUUCGAGCUUGCUCAAUUCUGAAAAUUAUAUAGCAAGGGUUGUCAAAAGAAUUGUUGCCAUACAUGUAAGAAUUCAGGAAUAUUUAUCUUGAAAGUCUUGAUUCUACGAAUGAUUGUGUCACAUAGGUCUCUUCUCAAAGAUUUUAGAAAUAUGCUACAAUAAAUUUAUUGGAAGAGUAACCACUUGUGUUUGACGUAACAAGCACGAGGGCGGCCAUGUUUGAGUGGGCUUACGUCGGCGUGGAUCAUACGUUGCCCGGCAAUGGCGGACAAGAAUGUGUGGACUUUAUUCCAACAUGGCAGAAAAUUGCCGAAAGUACUCUGGCGUGCCUGUUUGCAGCGUGUUGUUUCAAGUUCGCCUACAAACGUGUUACAUUGCCAGCGAAGGUCAUCUCUUCCGACAAAGCGGGAGACUGUGGGAAACGGAUUCUCCUCGUAGUGAUGUGCUUGACGUUCGGUAUUGAGCUUGGAUUUAAGUUAGCCACUCGACAGUUUAUAUGGAUAUUCAACCCGUGCCACAUAACAAGUAUGAUUCAGAUCUAUAUCCUUGCAGCCCCGCCGGGAAAGUUUGUGACGGCAAUGUUCCGUAUCCACCUUCACAUGCUCACAGGUGCCCCCAUAGCAAUUAUCUUCCCAGUCAUCAACACUAGACUGUUGCCAUUUGAGACGGAGGUAUACUUUUUCCAGCACACCCUGAUGAUGAUCAUCCCUUACUACCUCAUGUCAAUUGGAGGAGUGUACACGCCCGAGAAGCUGUCGGACAUGAGCUGGGGCCUACUGUCGCUGGGAUGGCUUUAUUUCUUCCACUUUGUUCCCCUCAACUACCUUGCAGUUUUAUCUCAGGUGAAUCUAAACAACAUGCUGUGUCCGGCGGUAUCAGAUCCGUUCUAUGGGCGUCAUUAUCGCCUAAUGGCCAUGACCCACCAGGUGCUCGCACUUCCCCUGGUAGCCAAGGUGAUUGUAUUCACCUCGUACCAGUUUGGAGUCGCUCAACCACCAGACGUCAACGAAGUUCCAGUUUUCGUCAGCAUUGAAUAUCAUAAAAGAAAAGUUCCACAGAGUGGGGUUGGAAAAUCUGUGGUCUCGGAACAAAGUCACGCCAAUUGUUCGGGUCAUGAUUUGACGGAUAAAAAAACUGAUAAAGUUAUUGUGUCAGGUGAUAGUUUAUAUUCAGAAAAGAAAAGCACCACUGGCUCAAAGCAUAUUGAAAAGGGUAUUUCAUUAGAUGAUGAUAAAAUGUGUGAUAUUCAGACUUCCGGGGAAACCAAAGUACACAGAAACGGUAUUCGUGUUGGUUCCCACAUAGGAGAGGGGAACCAUUUUGCUGUGCAGGGAGAGGGACUCGCCAAGAAGCAACUCACAGAGUCUGGGGAUAUUGGGACUAUACGGGAAAACGGACAUAGCAUACAUUUGUAGACUGGGGGGAUGCGGAUUUUAGUAUUCAAUUGUAUAGAUGUUUUACUCUUGGCACUGAAUGUUUGGUCUCGUAAAUAAUCGUACAUUUUAUGAUAUCACCUUGUUACACUUUAAUAUUUCAUUACAUGUUGUACACUGUUUUGGAUUAUUUAGAUUUUUAAUGAUCUCUCCAUACAAGGAGCUAUAUCCAUCAGAUAUAUUUCUUUGAAAUAACUGGUGUCCUAGGGUACAUUCUUCCAUUACUUCCAAUAUGACUGUACAUGUUUCUGAUUUUAUUUUCCUUUAUUCUGAUACAGUACAACAGAACUAAGUUGUGAUAUUGUUUGUCAGUCAGGAUACUGUACACACUUCACAUGAAGCUGUCAAGGUCAUGAUGAUUAACCAUUGUUAUGGGUUAAAAUGCACCAUUCAACACACACUCUGAUCAUACAUGUAUAUACUCUUGUAGCUUUUCCUAUCAGGCUUUAUUUACUUGUACAUGUGAUAAUACCAAAUAGUUGAUAGUCUUCAUUCGGAGCUCCUCGGCCAUUUUUAUCGAAAACAACCUUGGAUUUAUUUCAAUGGUUUACAUACUCAAAAAGUGGUAUGCUUAAGCUUAGCUUAGCAGUUAAACUUUAUGACUUGGCUUUCAAUUUAAACUUAGAUCAAUAAAUACAAAUGUAAAACACUAUGUUUAAUAAAAGAUAUAAUUUAAAAAAUUACAAACUACUUCAACUGAUGUACCGGCAUACAUCCGAGGUUGUUUUCCAAAAAAUUGGCUGAGGAGUUCGGAAUGGACAGUCUUAAAACUCCACUCUUAAAUAAGCGCUUAAUCAUAUUGAACUUCACUAGGUAGAGGAUAGAAAUAAUGUGCAAUAUGAAGAAGCAUUUAUUGAACUUUAAAGUGGUUUGAAAAGUGUGCAUACUACAUAUGUAUGAAUAAUAGUAAACCUCGUUUGCAUAUUUCUUUUAAUAUCGUGAUUUCCACUGGCCAAUAUUUGUUGAGAGCCGCCCCAAUAUACAGUUACACGUCCUGCCGUCACGGGGAAAAUGGGACAACUUCAUUGUUCAACUUUAUGAAAUGCUUUGCUGAUUUUUCCAAUGUGGAAUGAAUGUCAUUUUUUAAAUAUUUACCUAUCUAAUGUAUUGAAGCUUUAUGUGAUUUCGGAUCAACUCAUUAAUUUUUAACCUUUUUUCCCUCGUCAUGUGUUUCUGCAUGCUAGGGGUUCUAACAUAUUGCUGGCAAUCUUUGUAACAAAUCGGUUGUUGACUCUUGUCACAUGCAUUAAAAUUUCUUGCUUGGUUCAAUUUGUCUUGAAAUUGAAAGUACAAUCAAAAUUGUUUAAUUGUGAUAUAAUCUGCAGAUUUUACUCUUCUUUUUUUAGAUUUUAAUUUUCUAAAUUUACAGUUAGGUAUUGAAUUACCUGGUUUACAAUUUAUAACUAAAUCAAAACAAGCAAAGCAAAUAUAUGAAUUGUUUCUGAACGAUUUUUAAAGUAUUUGGCGUUUACAUGUAAGCUAUGUGUCGUGGUGGUGUUUUUGAAUGAGAUGUAAUGUAUUUUGUCAAAGUUAGCCGAAAAGUUUAUUGAUUGGUCAAUAUUUAUUCAAAAAUUCUUGUUAACCAAUGAAAUCAUUUCAAUGUGCAAACUAACCAAAAACCAACCUGUGGGCAACAUCACUCAAAUUUUAUAAAGUUUGCUGCUGUAGCCAAUUGCAUAAAGCUGGAUCAAUUAUCCAAUGGUUAUCUUUUGGUUAGUUUGCACCCAUAAGCAAUUUGAUUGGCCAACUGUUAUUACUGGAUAAAUAUUGACCAAUCAAUUAACAUUUUGACUAACUUAAACCAAAUGAAAGAAUUAAUCAUUUUAUUAAACAAUUGACUGCGGACAUGUUUAGCAUGUUGUUCCAUUCCACAAGACCCCUUUACCAUUCCUUUCAAUACCCAAUGUAACACACAAUGUCAUGUACAUGUAAUAUCAAUAGUAUAUAUUACACAAUAGUAUUGAUCAUUCAUUAUAAAGUAUAGGAGCAGUCUAUUUUCUCUGUGUAUUCCUAGUAUUGCAUGUUAAAGUAAGGGUUAUUCUAUUUAAAUAACAUCCCCUGGAAGGCAAAAAUAACAACUUCUAUAUUUAUUGUUAUAAAUUAUUCCUGUUCAUUUUUAGUCUAAAAAACUUAUAAAGGGAGACACUCCAGUAUGAAAGUGCCUCCCUAAGGUGGUUUGUAUGUGUAAAUAUAUCAGCCCUAAGACAUUUCUGCAGACCUGUUAACAGCUCCUGAUCAAUGUAUUGAUACAUUUUAGUGUCUUAGUAUUUAAGUGUAUUGAUUAUAUUUACAAGCUGUGGAUGACAAAACAUGACUGCUCGAAUAAGCAGAAAGAAGCUUGCCAGUGCAGCAUUCAGUUAUAUCAAUGGGAUUUUUCUUGAAUCAUAUUGAAUGUUUUAAAGCUGCACUCUCACAGAUUGAAUGUUUUGACAACUUUUUUAUUUUUUGUCUUGGAACGAGCCAAUUUUUGCAAAAAUCCAUGGAAACCAGUUAUAUAGGAUGGCUGACAAAAAAUUAGAUCACAGAUUUUGAUUUUUAAGUUAUUUUUUUAUGUUUUAUGCAUUUUUCUUAAAGCGUUAGUAAUGGUUUAAACCAUAAAACAUUAAUUUUCGAACGGAAAUAGGAAAAUCUACGAUCUGAUUUUUUGUCAGCAAUGUUAUAUCAUUGGUUUGCAGAUGUUCACGCAAAAAUUUGCACUUUCCAAGACAAAAAAUAAAAAAGUUGUAAAAAUGGUAUAUCUGUGAGAGAGCAGUUUUAAAAGCUGCAUAUGACAUCGCCCAUAUUAUGUCAACUGUACAGAAACUGGUACAUGUAUGAUAUCCAAUAUGCUGGCACAAGACAAAGCUGCUAUAGAUAUUGCCUAUUGAUUUUCAAUUCUUUUAUUAUACAAUCUACAUGUAUUGUUACACAUCAUGUAUAUUAUUCAAUGUACUUGUUGGACUUGUAAUUGGUAGUAAAUUUCAGUCUGAUAAGUUUAUCAAAUUUGCUAUUAAAACCCAGGCGAAGAAUGGCUUAAGCCAGCUGUAUAGACACUUAAUCUAAUUCAUGCACUUAAAGUUCUUAUUGUAAAUACAGUCACUAAUAUCUUGAGUCUGAGAUCUAGACUCGGACUAAAAAAUAAAGUCUAAAAAUUACAGAAUAUCUUUCUAUAUAUAGUGGGUAAGGUUUAAUAAACAUCUAUAACAAAAAAAAAUUAAUAAUGAAUUUAACAAACUUCCAGCACCAAUACUCUCCUCAUAGCAAUAAAAUCCGUCCUUGCCCUAAUUUCUCGAACAAGUUCCAGUCCCUUACAAUAGAAUCAAACUGAGCUCACUAUUUUUGGUUUUGAAAUAUUUGUGUGAGUUUGAGACCUUUAAAAAGAUAACCAUGUAAAUACUUUUUGUUAUAUAAAGUAAAGAAUAACUUUGCCAAACGAAAUAAGACACUUAAACUUGUUAUUCAUAAGAUGAUUGGAGAAAUUGGGGCCAAAGUCUUAAAUCUCAAACUCAAUCUGAGACUGGAGACAUAAGUGUAUAAUGGCCUUCAUUGCACAGUGUUGUCAGGACUUUGGUGACAGAAGACUUAAAAUUACUACCUUAUUAUAUUUUUUUUUAAGUUUUUACAUGUUGAUGUACAUAAUGACUUUCCUUACAAAAGAAUCCAUUUUAAAACAAUCGACACACACAUUGAUGUGGACGGUUGCGGUGUGAUGUAUCUUCUGUUGCUUGAAGUUAUUUAUUUUGUAUGUGUGUUUUUGGCCUGUUCUCUGUUUAAUGUGAUGCAUCCUGUUUAUUUAUUUGAAGCAGCCUAGUUUUGCACUUGGAUGAUGGCAAUUUACAUGACACUGCUUGUUAUUUAACCAUUCAAUUGACCAGUAGAGGCAUUUGGUUUUGUCAGAAAACAAUAUGUGAGUUUGGUUAGUGGUCACCAAGCCAGACAAGUGGGUUUUCUCCAGGUACUCCGGUUUCCCCAUCAACACAAGACCACACUCUCGCGCAACCCGCGUGCAAACGAGAGUGACCUAGUAAAAGUUUCUUCACAAUCGUUGUAAAAGAAUAAUGUUUAAACCAGAAAACAUUAGCACAUAGUUGUAAAAACCUAAUGGAAUACUUGGACCACCUCUAACGAGGCGGAGCAAGGCUUCUAUUAGCAUAAGGUCAUGUUAAUUAGUGGCAAACAAGAGGCAUAAUUUAUAGGGUGCCAAUGCUAGGCCUUGCCCAUGCAGUAUUUUAUGUUUUUUGGAGUGCAAUAUUGUACUAUUGAUGUGCUUAAUUCUUCAUCAGCAUUAUGUUGCUAACCAAAGGAUGUUUAAGUUUUUAUUUGCACCAGUUGCUCGAAAUAUUCCCAAUUCUUUAGAACUCUAUUGAUGAUAACAAUAUCAUUGUUAACUUUCAAAUCUUAAAUACCCUGGAAGUUGCAGGGGAACACGUAUAAGAUGCAGAUUCCCUAACAAGAUUUGAGAGAACUGUUUAGCUAUACUUUUAAUAAUGAUGUUGUUAGCUUAUUGUUGAUGUGACACUCUUAUUCAAAAUCAAUACAUACACAUGUAUAACAAACAUAAAUUUUGAGUGAUAAACCUUUAACUACUUACUAAAAAAUGCAUGUAUGGAAAAUCAGUCAAAAUUGACGUUUGUUAUACAUGUGUAUUUAUUGAUUUUGAAUAUGAGUGUCGCUUUAAUUAAUAAACAUUUCGGUCAACUUUGACGAGUUUUGUACCAUUGGUGGCAGAAAGAACAUGAAAACCACCCAAGAGAGACCUAGGUCUCCAUUUGAACUGAUGAUGUAGACUUAGGAAAGGGAAUGCAUGUUUUGAGCAACUGGACCAAGAGUUCUAGUCCAAGGUGUUUGUAAACAUAUUUUUCGGGGAGGGCCUACUUUUUUUGUAUUUAAUGAUUGGUAGUUAAUGCAGUAUAGUAUUGACUCAACACAUAAAACAUGACCAGAAAUAUUAAAUAUUAUUGAAUAAAUAUAAUAUACUUAUUGAAAUAGUCAGAACUUGUAUAACUAUUAAUAUUCAGGACAUUGUAUUAAUUAGCUGCAAUUUAUUUGAAUGGUUUAAAUAAGUUGAUUGUUGCAUAUAAGUUUAACAAAAGGCAGUAAAACAGGCCAGAACCUGUUCUUAUAUAUUGCUUGCACCUUAGCAUAAUUUUAAAUAUUUGUUAUUUUCAUGAAUUUGUAUUUGUUAUAAAACUGUACCAGUGAAUAUAUUAAUAAGAGCCAGGUCUGUUGAAAACAGUAUUUCUAGGAACUUGUCUUUGUUUACUUGGAGACGUCAUAUCAAAAUGUUGCAUGCUGUUAUUGUCUGUUAUUUGUCAUGUAUUGUACUUCGGAUUUAUAUUAAAAACAUAACAAUGCUUUUAAAUAUUUUACAUUAACACAAAAUUAUCUGUGAUGUGAAUUGUGUUUGUCUAUAUUUGAACAAAAUUUUGUUCCUUUUCUAAUGAAAUAUAUUCUAAUUGUGUAUUAACGGAGUUUUUUUACAAUAACAAUGAAAUGAAUUGCUGUCACUUUAAGUUAUGUAUAUUUCAAGGAUAGCUAUUCACCAUGAAUGCAAUGCCAAGCCUAUUGUAAUGCUGUUAAGGCCACAGAAAAAUAGUUGUUAGAAUCUCAUUUACAAUUUUUAGACUUGUCUGCUUUUUUAACAAAAAAAGUCUGGUCGUGGCAUGGGUGUUGUCGUGAUGCGAACUCAUUAACCUCGGCCGUAACUCAAAAGAGAUUUAAGAUGUUAAAAAAACUUUGUACUUAUGUUGCAAGAGAGGAUGUGCUUGAGUAUAGCGAAUCACUUAACUUCUGAGUUUACUACUUGUUGAGUAAUUUCACUUUUAAAAUAAAAAAAAUAGGGCUAGUUGGCCGAUUUGUUUUCUAAACAAAAAUUAUCUGGUAAUUGUUCAAAUUUUGGCACCCCUUCAGAAAGGGUUUGCAGGGAUGAGAAUCUAACCCUAUUUUUUCUCUGGCCUUAUCUUAAAUUUCAUAACAUGCUAGGGCAUAUCUGUUAGAGCACAUUUUUUCUAUUACAAGGUCUUCUGUUAGUACAGGGCUGUGUGCAAUUUAUUUGAGCGUAGAUGCUUGUUUAAAGCCCACACUAAAACUAUAGUACACCACAACAAGUAUGAUGGAUCACUUGUUAUGUUGGGAUAUCCUGUACAAGACAUUGUGUCUUGGGACUUAUUGAUUGUCAUGUUAGUAUACUCAUUGAACUGUUUGUGUAGAUUAUUGAGUAUUAUACCCCUGUUAUUCUGGUGUGACACGAUUGAUUGUGCUGAAUAGGCAUAAAAACAGGCUGAACUAUUUUCCAGUACUGUUCAUUUUGGUGAGGUGUUUAUUUUUUGGAGUAUUUCAAUGUUGUGUCAGGUUUAUUAUAGGUGAUACUCUAUUCCAGUAUGGUUUUUUAAAUAAGAAAAAAAAAAUGUAUGUACAGUCUAAACCUGUUGAAUCGAACUCACUUGGCUUGAAUUCCUCGUUGGCUUCAAAUAGAUGUUAAGGACUGAUUUCUUUAUACUGAAGGUAAAUGUUCCCGCUUGGCUCGAAUUUUCCGAGGCUCGAGGUAUUUUUGCCGCUUCCUGGGAGUUCGAGCUAACGGGGUUCGACUGUAUAUAACCCAGUGGGUCACCUUUUUUUAAGUGUCCCAAAAAGUUAACAAGACAGAAAUAUUUGAAACACAUCUCAAAAAAAAAAAUGCCUCACAAAGUUAGUGAUCAACGGCAUAACAAAAUAGGUUUACAUUAGUCAUCACUGGCCCUAAUUUCUCAAACAAAUCAAGCUUUGUUACAGGAUCACACUAAGCCCACUAUCUUUGUUUGCCUGUAAUUAGUGUGAUAUUCUCAUUUUGAAGAGUACUGAGAUGUUAAAGGAAAUCAUCUUUAUGAUGGUCAUGAUCAACAAUUUAUCAUUAUUUUGUUAUAUAAAAUGUAAGAAAGUGAUUAGGCUAAGUGAUUUUUUUUUAAGAAGACACUUUUACCAGAUUUUUUGAGAAAUUUGGGCCUGCUGAUUUUUCAACAUUUGUCAAUGUGGAUGUUUACACCUUGUUUUAACUUUGUCUCCCACCUUUUAAUGUUACCGUAUUAAGAAUGUUAAACAUUAAACACAUGAGGAUAUCA